AUGCAGAUUUUCGAUGCUGAUAAGAACAACCGUCUUAUGGAGCUGUUUCUCUUUCACUUUCAAGAUGUUGGGAAUACUUUGGAGCAAAAGUUCCUAGGCACCCCAGCAUUUGGUACCAUCGAGCCGAGAAACCUAGAGGCCAUGUUCUCCACCAGGUUUGGUGAUUUUGGGUAUGGACUUCGUCGUCAGAUAUUCUUUCCAUUGCUUGGCGAUGGUAUAUUCACCCAGGAUGGCGCUGCAUGGAAGCAUUCUCGACAAAUGUUACGCCCGCAAUUCUCCCGCCAACAGUACCAAGACCUUGAUAUCUUGUGUGAGCAUGUGGACGAUUUGAUCAGCUGUAUCCUGGAGAAAGGACAAAGCCUGGACCUGCAGCCUCUCUUCUUUCGAUUUACUCUGGACACAACUUCGGCAUUCCUCUUCGGAGAAUCAACAUAUAGCCUAAGAGCAAAUCAGUCGGGAGAAGAUAUCCAAUUUGCCGAAAGCUUCGACGUUGCUCAAGAUUAUGUGGUCCAGCGUUAUCGAUACUUGGAUCUAUACUGGUUGAUAGGCGGCCGGCGAUUUCGAGAAGCCUGUGCCUCAGUACACCACUUUAUCGAGAACAUCAUUGACCGGCGUCUCACCAAAACAGAGAAGUCUCGUGAUGAGGACGGUCGCUACGUCUUCAUCGACGCCAUUGCUGAAGAUUCCCGGGAUCGAAGGGCUUUGCGCGACCAGCUCAUAAAUAUUCUGCUCGCGGGCAGAGACACCACCGCUUGUCUCCUAUCGUGGACUUUCCAUCUCUUGCCACGAAAUCCACAUGUCUUGAAGAGACUACGGGACGAAAUCCAAUCGAUCGCUGGGGACGGAAAAGAUUUGAAGCGGAAAGACCUCAAGAAGAUGACCUAUCUGGCCAACGUCCUCAAGGAAACUCUCCGCUUAUACCCUUCAGUACCGGUGAAUACACGGACGGUGCACAAGACCAGUAUCCUACCAAGAGGUGGCGGUCCCGAUGGGUUGUCGCCUGUGCUUGUGCGAAAAGGUGACAACGUGGCUUUCUGUGUGUAUGCUAUGCACAGGCGAAAGGACCUGUACGGAGAAGACGCUGAAGAGUUCCGUCCCGAACGUUGGGAGGAAGAUUUACCUCUAUACCGUGAUGAGGUAAACGCAGCUUGGGGCUAUCUUCCGUUCAACGGAGGUCCCAGGGUGUGUCUUGGCCAGGAUUUCGGCCUUACCGAAACAUCUUACGCAGUUGUUCGGAUAUUACAGACAUUCUCAGUGAUAGAAGCCGGACCAUUUGAGAGACCUCAGGCUCAGGAGUGGCUAGCCUACUCAUCGCACAGUAGCCAUGGUCUCAAGAGGGUAGCAAAGGAGCGACAAAAGAUGACUUUGGUCAUGUCAGCCAAAGACGGCUGUCCAGUGCAUUUUGAGCGGUGA